GAUAAUCUCGAUGUCUCUCUCUUACACUUACCUUUAAUUGGCUCUCUCUCUCUCUCUCUCUCUCUCUCUCUCUCCCCUUUAAAUAAACCCUAACCUAUUCCUUCUCCCAUCUCUCUCUCUCUGAAAAGGUCAUCUUUCUUCUCCCUCACUCCCUUCUCGUUUCCAACGCCAUGUCUUGCUUCACGGGAAAGUAUACCGAUGAGCUCAUUGCCAAUGCUUCCUACAUUGGCACCCCUGGAAAGGGUAUCCUUGCUGCUGACGAGUCCACCGGAACAAUGGGUAAGCGUCUUUCCAGCAUUAAUGUGGAGAAUGUGGAGACAAAUAGGCGGGCUUUCCGGGAGCUCCUCUUCACCACUCCUGGUGCUCUUCAAUACCUCAGCGGAGUGAUUCUUUUCGAGGAAACCCUCUAUCAAAAGACUGCAGAUGGUAAGCCCUUUGUUGAUUUGCUCAAGGAAAACGGCGUCCUCCCUGGAAUCAAGGUUGACAAGGGUGUUGUUGAGCUUGCUGGAACCGAUGGCGAGACAACCACUCAGGGGCUCGAUGGCCUUCUCCAGCGCUGCCAGAAGUACUAUGAAGCUGGUGCUAGGUUUGCAAAGUGGCGUGCUGUGCUCAAGAUUGGCCCCAACGAGCCGUCUCAGCUCUCCAUCAAUGAGAAUGCCAACGGUUUGGCCCGGUACGCCAUCAUCUGCCAGGAGGCUGGUCUGGUUCCCAUUGUCGAGCCAGAGAUCUUAGUUGACGGGUCUCAUGAUAUUGCAAAGUGUGCUGACGUCACAGAACGCGUUCUUGCUGCCUGUUACAAAGCCUUGAAUGAUCACCAUGUGUUGCUUGAGGGGACCCUCUUGAAGCCCAACAUGGUCACCCCAGGGUCCGAGUCCGCCAAGGUUGCACCUGAAGUAGUAGCGGAGUACACUGUUCGUGCCCUGCAGCGGACGAUGCCUGCGGCAGUCCCGGCAGUGGUGUUCUUGUCCGGUGGGCAGAGUGAGGAGGAGGCUACCAUCAACCUCAACGCGAUGAACAAGCUCAAGACCAAGAAGCCGUGGACCCUCACCUUCUCUUUCGGAAGGGCCCUUCAGCAGAGCACCCUCAAAGCCUGGGCUGGAAAGGAGGAGAAUCUGAAGAAGGCGCAGGCUGCGUUCCUGACUAGGUGCAAGGCCAACUCUGAGGCAACCCUCGGUACUUACCAGGGUGCUGGUUCCUUGAGCGAGGGAGCCUCUGAGAGCCUUCAUGUUAAGGACUACAAGUAUUGAUUUGAGGUAUGCGUUUCUCCCUAGUUUGUGUUUUGCGGUGGAGAGUACGUGGUGGCUGUGUGGUUAGAAAGAUUGUCUUUUAUCCCCAGGCAUAGUUUUAGGGUUUCUUGUUUCCUGAUUACUGGCGCGGUCAAAGAAGUGACUGGUAGCGAAAUAAAGCUUGAGGAACAUCGGCAUAUGGUGUUUUGUUUUUGAGUUUUUAGACAAUUUUAAUGUUUACUUUAGACAAUUUUAAAGUUGUUCUCCUUUUAUUGAACUGGUUCCGUGUACGUUUGAGCUGGGUGUUAAUGAUGAGUUCAAUAAUGAGCAUAUUUCUGCAUG